GCUGAAGGUCAUGGCGCGGUGUGUGACUACUAUGUCUUGCGCGCUAAAAAUGGUAUCUCCCAAAUCCCUCGGUCUGAUAGUUAUCGGUGACGAAAUACUGAAUGGAAAAGCAAAAGAUUCCAAUUCACGACAAGUAUGCCUCACUGCCCCGCUUUUUGGUGUACGACUUCGGAAGAUGCUAUCGCAGAGGAAGUUCGCAACUAUAUGAACCGUUACGACUACGUAAUAACAUCGGGGGGUAUAGGUUCUACUCACGAUGAUGUGACAUAUGAAGGUGUUGCAAAGGCACUAAAUGAAAAGAUUAUCAUUCAUCCAAAGUUCUUACAAACCCUCAGGAGACUAUCAGAACCGAAUAUGAUUUCCUCUUCAGACCCCAUAACCAAACUUGCCAAAAUACCGGAGUCAUCUGAAUUACUAUAUGCAACAGGAAUCCAGAUGGAUAAUGAAGGCUCUUAUCCUAUUGUCAAAGUGAAAAAUAUCUUCAUUUUACCAGGAGUUCCAUGCUUAUUUAAUAUGGCACUAGAGAUAAUUAAGACUCUCUCGAACCUAAGGAAAAGCCAGAUCUACGUAUAAUAUAAGCUGCAGCUCUCACACCGGACUGCAGCGACGUGAUCAUUGGCUUACCACGUAUAUAAUCUGCAAUAAAUCCGGCGGCAAAGGAAUCACCAGCUCCAUUUGUAUCUACCAUUUCUUCGUCUUUCAACUGCUCUACAACAUAUUGAUGAAUGGUAGGGUCAGUAGAAUCCGUAUAUAUUAUGGGAUCUUUCCCUUGUGUUACAAUGACCAAUCGUUUACGCUUUUUUCCAUCAACAAAUGGUAAGUCAGCUAUAUACCUGGCUGCUGCAUGAAUGGUUUUAUCAGUAAGACUGUGAGCAUCUCCAAACGCCGCGGCUUCAGACUCAUUCCCAAUUACCACUCCUGAGUAGGAUAUCAUUUCAUUUACUUCUUUAGUAUUAAACUGAGGUAGGAAAGCAGCACUGAGAUUGAAACAGAACAACGUUCAGGUUUCUACAGUCGAGCUUAAGGCUGUACUAUAAAUUGGCGCUAUUAAUGUGUGGUUCUGUUAUUAUUCA